AUGAUCCAGACUUCUGAGUUGGGCCCAGUCCACUGGGCCACGCAGAAGACAAACCUGGGGGCCCGGGGACCGGCGAGCCAGGCGAUGCAGAGAGCACUGAAGCAUCGGCCGGACGUGAAAGAACUUUACCAGGUACUACUUGAUUCGGAAAAAACAGCUUUUCGUGCUGCCUGGACAUGCUCGAGAGAUUUCGCCUUCACGUCCUCGAAAAGGACGACAUCUAAUGUUUUCCGAAAGAGGAAGGAAGACGUUGGGGUUUUCAAAACCCAACUCCAGUUGGAGGCCAUCUUGGGAGGCAGCCACCAGCCGGAAGCUGUGAUGCAGGCGAAGAACUACAUGAGUAUGUGUCUGCGAAACGAUCUGAAGGAGUAUUGCUACAUGUUCAACGACUGGCUGAAAGCCCCCACCUACCUCUGGGUGGAGUCCCUGGUGUCUUCGAUGUCGGAGACCACCUGGAAAAAUGAAGUCACUGUGGAGGUGCAGGACGAGCCGAUCGUUGGAUCUUGGGCUUACAAGGCCCAAUUCUGCAAAGCUGCGAGAUGCUAUGCGGUCGAGAAGGGCCUGUAUGCCAAGGAUGUAACAAGAGAAAUGAUCGAGGCGACCGACCUGGGGGUUCGGGGAUAUGCUGAACUCUACGCUUCGACGCCGGCCGCCUUGCCGCAGCCGGGCGGAGAUGGAUCCGCCAGCAAGACCGCCCCGAAGCCAGGAGGACCGAUUCCGACGCCAUCGCCGGCACCGGCACCUAAAGCAAAGGGCAAACCGGGCAAGACGGAGAAGGCUACUUUGGAGGCUAUGGUCGGCCAAGGCAAGGUUGAGGGUAAUGAUGAAACCGGUCAGCCGGAGACUAAGAAGCCUAGGAAGGGUGGUGCUGGUGGCAAUGUCACUAGCAAGAAAGAACGGGAACUCAAAGAGUUCUUGGCCUUGGAAGCUCAGAGUGACAAUUGUAUGACGGCGAUUGCAGCUGAUAUGAGUGCCAACCCGGCUGCCUGGAGCUGGGCAAAGGACUUUGUACAGCAGUAUAAGUCCCUUAGGACAGAGAUCGUGCAGUUGUAUGCAGACACUGAGUUCUUCAAGGAAGCCAAGAUUGGUGGUGCCUUCACUGUAGAUGCCGAGCAGGAGCCAGAAGAUGCUGGGUAUCGUGAGGCUGGCUUGCCGAAGGAACGUAUCAUCCCUGUUGCUGUUUACUUUGACGGAGUACAGUACACUAAGAAUGAGAACUUCCUUGGUUUUUACGUUACAAAUCUUCGGACAAAGCGCCAACAGCUCGUCUGGCUGCUCAGACUCUCAGAGCUUUGCUCAUGUGGGUGCCGGGGGUGGUGCUCCGUGUUUCCUUUGCUGGACCACUUUCGGCGAGAUAUGUGUGCCCCUCACAAGGACCUCCGUUCUUGCAUCAUCGACUAUAAAGCAGAUUGGCCUGCCUACAUCGAACUGUGCGGAUUCCGCACAUGGUCGCACAACAAGCACCCGUGUCCACUUUGCACCGUGAACCAAACGAAUAUGCGGGCUCUCGGGACGAUGACUCUUCACAGCUGCCCGCACAGUCUUUUCGACCAGACGGCCUACGAGGAGCUCCUCGCUGCGACCUUUCGAGAGAUCUUCGUGCCGGACGAGGACACGAAACUGCGGAUCAACGCACAACUUCGCUACCGGAGGCCUGGUCGAGGCAGAUGCUUGAAGCAGAACAUUCCUCUUCUGGGUCUCCGAAAGGGCUGGCGGCUUGAGCCGAGCUCUUCCUUGCCAGAUGUCGACGACUUCGCGAAGCAACGCUGCCCGUUCUCUUGUGUUUUCUACACUGGAGGGAAAGAUGGGAGAGUUCUUCAUUUGUCGCCUUUCCUGCAGAUCCCUGGGGUCACGAUGAACACCUGGUGUGUGGAUGUUUUGCACACAUGGCAUUACGGACCUAUGUCCACAUUCAUCGCACAUUCCUUGAGGCAUCUGCUCCGAUCGCCAGUCUACCGGCCGUCGGCAUCUGACCUGGACAAGGAAGAGGCCGACAAACUCGCUUUGUUGACUCUUCGUGCUGAGCUGUGGAGCUACUACAAACGUCGCCGGGAAAAUGACGAAGACGGCAUGUGGCGGAAGAAAGGCACAGAGGUCUGGAACUUGUCCUUGACCAUGCUGGCAGGCAAAUAUCUCAAAGCCAAGGCUGCUGAGACUCACGGGUUGUUGGGUUUCGUGGUCGACAGGCUUGAGAAGCACGCACAUGUUCUAUUGUCUGCAGAGCAUGCCAACACGUGCGACUUCCUUUUGCGAGCGGGAAGAGCAGCAAUGGACUUCGAUGCUGUGAUGGCCAAUGGCCCGAGGGCGAUCGAUGAAAGGUUUUGCGGCAUGCUUUUCGAUCACUAUAACCGGUUCAUCUGCUUGUGUGAGAGAGCCGGGGUCGCUCUCUUGCCAAAGUGUCACAUGAUGUAUCACAUGAUUCAACGGGCGGUCCAGAAGGGAAAUCCAAGGAUGUAUUCCACAUACAUCGACGAAUCCUUGAACGGGCUCAUCGCCCAGAUCUGCAGGUCGGUGCAUCGACGUGGCUGGGCUCUGGAAGUGUACAGAAAACUUGCGAUGAUGGAAUGCUUCCAGCAGGAGGCCAACGACCGGUGA